CCCAAAUAACGUUUGUCCUUUCCGAUAAUAUUUCUAUCUGUGAAAAAAGUGUCGGAAUCCAACCAAACUAACCCCUCUUAAUUAUUUGUUCGUACCAUAAUUAUUGAGAUUCAAACACUUCAAUCCAAAUUUCCAUCAAUUAUCUCUCCAUUUCCUCCGCUCCAUCAAAUUCAAAAAUUAUUAGGUUUCUCCGAUUUUGAAUUCUUCAACUAAUUCAAACACACAUGUUAUCUCCAAAUUCCGAAUCAAUGGACACGUCACCACUGCUCAACCACGCAAUCUCCGACCAUCUCCUUCGCAGCCGCCGUCUCCUACGGCGUCAACCGCCUCCCCUCCGCGACGCAGCAGCUCGGAUUCUCCGGCAAGCAAGCAGCCGUCGGAUGAUGUUACGCGAACCCUCAAUGCGUGUUCGUGAAAAUGCCGCUGAGCAGCUCGAAGAGCGUCAGAGCGAUUGGGCCUAUUCAAAGCCCAUUAUAGUUCUUGACGUGCUAUGGAAUUUAUCCUUCAUCGGAAUAGCUGCCGGUGUGUUGUGUUUGAGUGUUGAAGAAGAGCCGCGAGUUCCGUUAAGGCUGUGGAUUAUUGGGUACGGUUUGCAAUGUGUUUUUCAUAUUGGGUGUGUUUUGUAUGAGUAUAAAAGAAGGAUUCAUGGGGAUGGUGGUAGUAAUAAUGCAAGAGUGGAAGGUAGUGGGGAUUCUAGUUCCUUGUCGGAGAGUGACGGUGGUGAUUCAGCUGGUGAUUAUGGUGGUGAACAGCGUGGCAAUGAUGAUGAAACUAGUGGUGUAAAGCAAUUGGAGUCAGCAAAUACAAUGUUUUCUUUUGUUUGGUGGAUGGUUGGAUUUUACUGGGUUACUGCUGGUGGUCAAAAUGUUACACAUGAUUCACCUCAGCUCUACUGGCUUUGUAUUACGUUUCUUGCUUUCGAUGUGAUUUUUGUGAUUAUCUGUGUUGCUGUUGCUUGCCUAAUUGGUCUUGCAAUUUGCUGCUGUCUUCCUUGUAUUAUUGGAAUCUUAUACGCCAUGACAGAUCGGGAAGGAGCAACUAAGGAAGAGAUUGAGCAAUUACCCACGUACAAGUUCCGCAGAAUAGGAGAUUUUGAGAAAGUUGAUGGUGAGAUUCAAGUAACUCUUGGAGGGAUUAUGACUGAAUGUGUAAAUGAUAGUCCCACAGAGCGUCUUCUUUCCCAUGAGGAUGCUGAAUGCUGCAUCUGCCUCUCGGCUUAUGAAGACGGAACUGAGCUGCGUGAACUUCCUUGUCACCACCAUUUCCACAUCACAUGCAUAGAUAAGUGGCUUCACAUCAACGCCACAUGCCCUCUUUGCAAACUCAACAUUAUAAAGGCAAGCAACCCUAAUGGUGAAGAAAUAUAGGCAUGAAUUUGUCUACAACGCUGUCGGGAUUAGCUUCUCCGCUAGUUGCAUUAUGGAGUGGAAACUGUAUAUGCUGGAGAAAAGAUUUAGUAUUUGCUUUUGACUAGCUAUUAGCAAGAGUAAUGUAAAUGAUCUUUUAGAUAACUUAUAGAUCACAAUAUGAUUACCUAAAUUGUGUAAACAAGCUUUAUAGAGUGUUAAUUCGGGUGUAA